AUGCUUCUUGACUUAUCCAAAUUCCUUUUCCUCGGCCUUCUGGCCACAGGGGCGACAGCCCGUCCCAGAGCUCCCGCGGGCUUCGUAACAACAUCAGGAACCAAGUUCGAACUAGACGGCAAGGACUUCUACUUCGCCGGCAGCAAUGCGUAUUACUUCCCCUUUAACAAUAACCAAAACGAUGUCGAAGUCGGCCUCGCAGCCGCUAAAGACGCCGGACUCAAGGCCUUCCGCACCUGGGGCUUCAACGACAAGAACCGCACGCACGUCACCGGAGGCCUACCAGACUACGGCGGCGAAGGGGCCGGAGACACGGAGAUCGUGUUCCAGUGGUGGGCGAACGGCACGUCGACGAUCGACCUGGAGCCGUUCGACAAGGUGGUCAAUGCCGCGAAGAAAGUGGGCAUUAAGUUGGUUGUGGCGCUGACGAACAACUGGGCCGAUUACGGAGGGAUGGAUGUUUACACGGUGAAUCUGGGCGGGAGGUAUCAUGAUGAUUUCUACCGUCUGCCGCAGAUCAAGGCCGCGUACAAGCGAUACGUCAAAGAGAUGGUGACGCGUUACAGAGACUCCAACGUCAUCAUGGCCUGGGAGCUAGCGAACGAGCCGCGCUGCGGCGCGGACGGCGUGCGCAACCUGCCGGCAAGCGACGAGUGCAGUCCGGAGCUGCUGACGGGGUGGAUCGACGAGAUGAGCACGUACAUCAAGAAGCUGGACCCGUAUCACCUGGUAACCUGGGGUGGAGAGGGAGGAUUCAACCGGGACUCAGACGACUGGGCGUAUAACGGGUCCGACGGGGGCGACUUCGACGCGGAGCUGCGCCUCAAGAACAUCGACUUCGGCACGUUCCACUCCUAUCCGGACUGGUGGACGAAGACGGUGAAGUGGACAGAUCAGUGGAUUCGGGACCAUGCGAAGUCGAUGCGCCGGGCGAAGAAGCCGGUGGUGCAUGAGGAGUACGGAUGGCUCACGCCGGAAGCACGCAUGUCGAAUCUGGGGACUGUUUCGAAUAUCACUCGUCUGGAGGCUGUGGGCGGAUGGCAGCGCAUUAGCGUCGAGGAGAGGAUGUCGGAUAUGUACUGGCAGUAUGGAUACUCGGGGUAUUCUUAUGGGCGGAAUCACGACGACGGCUUCACGAUCUUCCUUGAUGACGAGGAAGCGAAGAAGCUUAUUUACGAUCAUGCUACGAAAGUCAACAGGCUCAAUCGGAAAUAG